AUGUGGUUCGUGCACUCGUGGUUCGAUGGCGAGGACGCGCCACCCACGUCUCGUGUCCUACAUACAGGGCGAGAAUAUACCCUUGGACGUAAAGAAAGCGCGGUCGAUUUAUGUGUGCCCCUCUUUCGCAUUAGUCGUCUGGCCGGCACACUCUACGUCGCGCUCAUGCCACUCGACGCCGUGCCAAAUGCAGACAUGAUUCCCAAAGUGACAUGGACGAUGCACAACAAGAGCAAGUCGGGAUCGGUCGUCGAGAGUUACCGCGGCAAGAAUCGUACAGAGCAGCGUAUCCGCGUCGACUCGCCUGUUCCCCUCGUCGACCGAGCGCGCGUGCGACUUGUGGGCGACGUGUACGCCGAAGUGCGGUGGAUUCCAUGCACGAUUGGCUUUCUCCGCGUCCCAUCGCUGGAUUCAGACGAGGUCCAGCAGCGUGCCGCACAGUGCGGAGUGCAUCUCGUCUCGGCCAAGCACGGCCUCGACGCGCGAUGUACGCACCUAUGUGUCGCAAACGUGCGGCCAAACAAGACGCAGCUAUUAGCACUUGUGCGUGGACUAUUGGUCGUAUCCGACGCAUUUGUCAGUGCGGUGCUGGCCUGUCCUUCGGAAAGUGCGUGGCCGGAUAGCCGGCUGUAUACCCCCCCACUGGAUAUGCGCCUCGGCCCCGAUGCGCAUAUUUCCGCCGCACAGCUUGCGCCAUCAUCCCGGCGAUCGUCGCUAUUUCGCGGCACGACGCUGGUCAUUGUCCUGCCUGGGCACGAAAGGCGCUAUUCCGACCUGGUAGAGCUAGCCGAGGCCGCCGAAGGGCACGUGUGUACGCACGACAUGAGCACGCACCCGCUGCGUACGCACGACGAUGCCAUGCGAAUGCUUCGCGAUGCACAAGCAGCGUCGCGGGCAUAUUGGGCCAAGAGCACGGCGAUUGUGCCGGUGCAAGAGGCGUUUGUCCUCUGUGGUGACGCGUCCGGCGCAUCGUGGCCUUCUUUAAUGGAAGAGUCCGCACAGAGGCUGGGCCUCCGUUUCCUAUCUCAAGGCAUUGCUGCGAUCUCUGAAUGCAUCCUCGAGUCCAGGACGUGUGCUGAGCUCUAUGCGAUGAGCCAUGCUGCGCACGACAGUGACGACGACGCGACGCUGCUCGUCUCUGCAACACAGCCCAGAGCGAUGCAGCCGCUGCGCAGAACACAGAGGAUUACAGCCUCGAUCCUCGAUACGGAUCCCGACGUCCUGCCUCCGACGCAGCCCAGUGGGCCUGCGUACGCUGGCGACAUUUCGCUGCAUUCGCCCGAGCAUGUGCCGGACGAUACGCAAGUACGCUGGGAAGAGCCGUAUGACUCGGACUGCGAACGGGCCGAGGCAGAAGUGAGUAUGGCGCCUGAUCCGCCGACCGACGUGUCCGUGCAAGAAAUACCCAAUACAGAAUUCCGCGCAGGCGACACCACCGACCGUCCGGACGGGCUCGAGGAUAUCACGGAUCGCACGACGACGUCGGAUGUGCACCAAACGAGUCUCGAGGAUAUUACAGAUCCUACGGACCAUUCGAUCCACCCGACCUCGCGUGCGGACGACUCGAGCGUGGAACGAGUAUCAAGCGAGAUCGUGCCUAGGCAUGCAGAGGAGCGCAGCAGCUCGUCGCGUAUGGACGGUACGCCGACGCGCUCUGCUUCCGAGGCGCCGCUCGAGUCCAUGCCGACGCCGUCCAUGCCGACUCCGCCUGUCCCUGACAAUGUGCCUGCCAGUGCGCCUGCCUCCAAGCCGCUGCUGCGCCGUGCAGGCACGCGCCAGGCACGGCGCUCGGUGCUCCUGGACGAGCUCCUCGGCGUAUCGUCCGAGCCUCGCCCUUCCAGCGCCGAGUACCGCCGGCGGUGGGAAGAAGAGCGGCAGGCGAGCCAAAGCACGAGCGAGGCGCAUACGCCGGUGCAAAGCGUGGACCCCUCGCCCGAGUGGUCCCUGCAGCGCCCCUCGUUUGUCCAAGUGCGCUUUGCGCCACUCGUACGAAAACGCGCCGCCGAGGCCCCGGCGCCUUCUCCGCCCAUACCCCAGCACUCUACGCCGAACUACAAAAAGUUUCGCACGCGCGACCGCUCCGCCCCGCGUCGCGUCGCACUUAUCGCGCCUGGCACCCCCGAUACCCACAGCACGCCUGCCGAGGACCCGUUGUUCCUUGGCAAUGCUUCCGAUUAG